AGAAAAACAAAAAAAGGAAAAUAAACGCGGCUGGUAAUACACCAAAACCAGAGUCUUUCUCUUUCUUCAUUCUCUCUCUUUCUGCUCAUAGUUUUGAGCUAAUACAAAGAUCGUAGUAAGGCGAUCCAAGCUUUAACAGAACAGUUUUCAUAAUCAUCUGACUUAGCUCUUUAAAUCCAUAUCAGUUUUUCUUUUUUCUUCGAUUUAAUUAUUUUUUCUUGUUGGAUUUUAAUUAAUUUUUUAUUUAUUAAAUAAAGGUCAGCUAGGGUUGGUGAAAUUUUGCUGUUUUCCUGCGAUCUCGAUUAGUUGAGCUGAAAGGUUUUAAACUUUAAUGAAAUGGGUUAAAAUUUUUGUGUGUUGUAGCUCAAGUUAAGAGGCAAAAGGGGGUCUCAAAAGUGAAAAAUCUUGGAAUUUUGUGGAGUGUAUUUAUUAAUUUGAAUGAUUUCUGUUGGGAGUAGAGAUGGAAGGAUAGGAUUAGGGUUUGAUGGUGGAAUGGAGGAAACUGAGCUAGAAGAAGGAGAGGCUUGCUGUUACAACAUUGAUUCAACCAUUGACCCUGAUGUUUCUCUAUCUUACCUUGAUGAGAAACUCCACAAUGUUUUGGGACAUUUUCAAAAGGAUUUUGAAGGUGGAGUUUCAGCUGAGAAUCUGGGGUCAAGAUUUGGCGGGUAUGGUUCAUUUUUACCUACUUAUCAGCGUUCUCCCUCUUGGUCUCAUCCAAGGACUCCACCAGAACCCAACAACUUUAACAGACAAAUAUCACCAAACAAUCCGCUCCCUGAGGGUGGUCGCCAUACCUCAUUAGGAUCAUCAUGCACUUCUCUCUCAGGAAGGCCUGUAGCAUCUUCUGGCCGUUCAGCAACAGGACCUGCACCUAGGGCUCCACCAUUUAAUGGGGAAAGAAAUUCUGCCGUACCACCUGCUCGGUUGGAAGACUCCAAUUCAAAAAUUAUAAAAGUGAAAAAGCCAAGAAAUGCAUCUGACCUGAAAACACUUAAGGUGCGUAUUAAAGUUGGCACCAACAAUUUGUCGACCCGAAAGAAUGCAGAAAUCUACAGUGGGCUUGGGCUUGAUGAUUCUCCAUCAUCAUCUUUGGAUGGUAGCCCCGUGGAGAGUGAAGGGGUAUCCCAUGACCUACAGGUUUCCCCAGAUGAAUCCCCUACUAGUAUACUUCAGAUUAUGACCGCGCAUCCAAUGCAUGAUAUCUUAUUGUUAUCCCCCCUCUCAAAUGAGUUAAUUAGCUUGACUGAUAAAGAAAAGCUUUGGGGACAAUGUGGAUAUGAAGGGAAGAAAAAGGCAAGCCUUGAAACUUCUUUGGUAUUAGCGAACGGUACUCAUUAUGCAAAUGGAGAAGCUUCAGAAGCAAAGAAAUUGAAAAUUUAUGACAAAGAUGCCUUGGCAAAGGGCAAAGGCAAUGAUAAUCAAAAUGGUAGUGCCUUAUUAUCAAAGAAGGCGAUCGAUAUUGAUGCUCUUGCAUGUGAAGAACUUGUUUUGAAUGCUUUGAAACUCCCUCUUCUAUCUGAUCCAUACCCUAAUUUCCCGGAUCCUCCUAAAGAUGCAGAGAAGACAGUUGACAGUUCAAGGUCAGCCAGUAAGGGUAAAAGAACAGAACCAUCUUUUGAGCGGGCAUCCAAGAAAUCUUUGCUGCCUGUCGCUGAAGUAGACACAAAUUCUGUUGAAGUGUCUGGUGGAAAGGUUUCCUCAUCUAGGAGAAGUAUGGAAAUUAAAGGGACACAUUGUAAUAAUCACAGUUCAGGAAACCUGAAGAAAGAAGACAACAACGAAGAGGAGGAAGCUGACAAUUCAUCCAAUGCUGGGCAGACUAAAGACAGGAAUGCACCAAAUGCAGAUGCAGUUAGUCCCCUCAAACAGUCAUCUCGUCAGAAAAGCUCCUCCAAAAAAGAGGAUGGAAUGAAACUGGCUCCUGAAAAGGAACUGUUCACAUCUGGAGACACAAUGAAAUCCAAAGGAACACGAUGUCAUAAUGCCCAAAGCAUAGAGGUAGUAAAAGAUGGUUUAGUUGCUGAUUCUUCCAUAGCAUCUAAGGGUAAGAAAACCUCUUCUAGCAACAUCCUCGUAUCCAAAAGUGAUUCAGAGGACUUGAAAAAGAACCUAGCCAGGGAUAAAUACAAAGAAUUCUUCGGUGAUGUAGAACUCGAACUAGAAGAUGCUGAAACUGGUUUGGAGAAAGUUCAUUCAAAGGAAAUGCUCAAGGGCUCUGAUGUAAUCAGUAAGAAGAGACUUGAACGUAAUAGCUCAAUGAAGGAAAGUGUUAAUGGUAGGAAAACUGAGAAGCCGUUUGCUUCCACCGAGCAUCCUAGGUUGGCUUCAAAUGAGGCUCCUCACAAUGUGUGUGGAUCCAAUCCUGCUGCACCUCCAGGAGCAGUGGCUCCUUUAGUUAAAGAAGAUUGGGUAUGUUGUGACAAGUGUCAGAUUUGGCGUCUACUGCCACUUGGCACAAAUCCUGACAGUCUCCCAAAGAAGUGGGUUUGUAGAAUGCAAACCUGGCUGCCUGGAAUGAACCGUUGUGGUAUCACUGAAGAGGAAACAACGAAGGCUCUAAGAGCCCUUUACCAGGUGCCGAUGAGUGGUGCUACUGCCGCUGCUUCUGACAAACAACAUAGUCAGCUUGAGUAUCCUGGCGGGGCACUCUCGGGACUAACUUCUAUUGAUACUUUGCAUGCCAGCCAAGACCACCAAAAAGUAGGUUUACAAGCUGUUGAUGCUGGUGGGAAGAAAAUCUAUGGAUCAAAAGGUGUGUCAAGUGCAACCAAAGAAGGUUCACUGUCUUCAAACUGUGUUAAAAGAAGCCAUCAGGGGACCCCAAAUAGUAGAAGCUCGAAUGGUACUACCAAUUCUCCUGAUGAUGAAAAUGGGCAUGAACUGGUGGGCUUGCCAGGUAGCUCAAUCAUCGAGAAGCAGAGACAUAAAGAAAAAGAGAAGAGAAAAUCACUUGAGAACCAUUCUGAUGGGGGUAUCAAAAAUUCGAAGAUGAGGAACAUUAGCGAGACGGAUUUGGAUGGUUCGACUGCUAAAAAGUUCAAGAGAGAUGAUGUACAUUAUGAUGAUGACCGCACUGGGGCGAAACCAGGACAGAGCUCAAGCACUGGUUUGUCGAACAGUGGAUCAGAAAAGGUCAGGGAUAAAUAUAAAUACAAGAACUCAAAGGCGGAUUCAAUGAAAAACUUGUCUUCAGCAAAAAAUCCAGAAAACCAUACUCUGGAUGGUUCAGUCCAUAAAUGUGAUAGUAAAGACUCCCUUAAGAAGAGAAAACGGAGCGAACCCCAGAAUUCUGAGGCACAAACUCCCCGAGAUAUUGUGGAAGAGACAUGUGAUAACGACUGCAGGAAAGAAAAGAAAGCAAGGAUCUCCAGGUCUGGGGGGAAAGACUCCAGCAGAAGCAGAGCUAGUGAAGGAACUGAUGGAAAAGGUAGUAAGAAGGAAGAGCGAGUCGGACAAGAUUUAGAUAGCACUCUAUCUCAGCGCAGUGCAGAUGCUGCAGAUUCUUCAAAAAGGAAUUUGUCUGCUUUGCAGCCUUCUGUUGCAGCAACUUCAAGCUCUUCUAAAGUUUCUGGUUCACAUAAGAACAGAGCUAGUCUUCAAGAACUGAAGGGUUCACCAGUAGAAUCAGUAUCUUCAUCUCCUUUGAGGAUUUCAAACACGGAUAAGUUUUCAUCAACUAAAAGGAACCCCAAGAGAAAAGACGAUCGCAAGAAUGCCACUUCUACACCAAGAAGGUCUUCUUAUGGUGAAAAUGAUAGGGGCAGUAAUCGUUCUGGGAUGAUAAAGAAAGACGAAGCUUCCAAUGGCAAGCAUCAUGGUCUGGAGUCCUCUGAACUUGCUUACCAGGAGAAAGAUGUGCUUGAUGUAUCAGGUCCUACAAUUAAAGCAAAGAUCACAGGUUCUGAUUUUGCUACUCGUCGGGACACUGAUGUAAGGACAGAGAACUCAGACCAAGGCCUAGAUAUUGAAAGAAGGAAGAGUAGUCAGUUUCAUAAUAAUGGGUCUACCUCAAAGGAUGAGAUGGUUUCGUUGUCUCAGCGUAAAGAAAAGAAUCGUACUGUCAGAUCUGAUUCUGGCAAACGUAGGUCUAAGGAUCCUGAUGUCUCAAAUGAAUCUUCAGAUCGAACAUUAGAUGAGGGGAAAUUGACAUCCGGAAGAAACAAGUUUGAGGAUAAAGCUGGUGCUGGUUCUGAUAGAUUACAACAAGGUUCUAAGAAAGAUCCUGCUGGGAAAUUGUUGAAUGAGAAUGUCAAAGGAGAUCUUCAAUCGAAGUUUGGUGAUCAUGAUGGUGCAGAAGUUAAAUUAGAUGUUAUAUCCAGCCUGGAUAAAAGGCAGGCCGCUCUAACUGAUCGAGAUGAUGGAAAAUCGUUCAGGAAGCUUGCUUCUGACAAAACAGAGCGAAUUGAAGUUUUUGAGAGAGGAAAGUCACACUUAGCAUCUCCUUCAACAAGAGGUCAAAAUGAGGCAGUUCCAUUUUCGCAACCAGUUCCUGCAUUCAAAAAGGAAGGUGCGGCUAAUUCGUUGGCAGCGGAUACUUUUGAAGGGGAGAUGUUGAAUACUUCAAGACAGGGUAAAAAAUCUGAAAGCCACCCUGGAAUACCUAGUUGUAUGCGACACUCUACUCCGCCUACACAUAAGAUCCGGGAUCCGGAUGCUCGCAGCCCUAUUCAGAAGGAUUCUACAAGUCAAGCUGCUGCAAAUGCUAUAAAAGAAGCCACGAACCUCAAACACCUGGCAGAUCGCCUCAAGAAUUCUGGAUCAAGUGAAAGUACAAGUCUCUAUUUUCAAGCAACCCUAAAGUUUCUCCACGGAGCAUCCUUGCUAGAAUCAUGCAACGACAGCGCCAAGCACAGUGAAAUGAACCAGUCAAGGCAAAUUUAUAGCAGCACUGCAAAACUGUGCGAGUUUGUUGCCCAUGAAUAUGAGAGACUGAAAGACAUGGCUGCUGUCGCACUAGCCUAUAAAUGCUUGGAGGUCGCGUACAUGCGAGUAAUUUAUUCCUCACAUUUCAAUGCAAACAGAUAUAGGAAUGAACUACAAACAGCCCUGCAAAUUUUUCCUCCGGGUGAGUCCCCUUCCUCUUCUGCCUCUGAUGUUGACAAUUUGAACAAUCCAACAACGGUAGACAAGGCUGCCUUGAUGAAAGGUGUUGCUUCUCCCCAAGUUGCUGGAACUCAUGUUGUCUCAGCGAGAAACCGUGCUAGCUUCACGAGGCUACUUGACUUUGCACAAGAAGUUACCUUAGCAAUGGACGCCUCCAGGAAAUCACGUGUUGCUUUUGCAGCUGCUUAUCCUGGACUCAGCGAUACACAGUGUAAAGAGCCUGCAUUAUCUGUAAAGAAGGCCCUUGAUUUCAACUUCCAGGAUGUUGACGGCUUAUUGCGCCUAGUCCGGGUUGCCAUGGAAGCUAUCAGCCGGUGAAAUUUAACUUUAAGCCUGAAACCAUGUGAUUCCAUGGGACAGACUCCUGAACCUGUUCCUCCGUUUGCUGUCAAUUGAGCAGAAAUCAGAACGAGGAUCUCUUGGUCGAGGGAUGCUAUUAUACCUAUCAAGUUAAGAACUCCACUCUUAAUGCCCUUGUAAAUCUGUACAUAGCUACAUACUGCAAAUGGUAAGAUGUUCCCAAUACAGACACGGUCACGAUCUGAUUGAAAUAAGGAACUUGGUGUUGCUGUCAUAAAUUCAUAACAUUGCAAAUGGCUUGUUGUUACUGAUCCAGCUGACUUGCCUCUCCGAGAAUGAAGAUACGUCUGCAAUACAGAUGGCUUGUUAGUUUUCAACUUAUAGAAGGGAAAAAUUCAGAGAAAACACUUCCCACGACAGCACAAAAGAAUAAUGUGACAAGUAUAUAUGAUUCGAGUUGAUUGAUGAGUUGCUGACAUUGAGGGGACUCGGCGGUAUACACUUUCUACCCGUUAGCUUUCUGCUAAUAGGGACACUCACAAGAUGAGAUAUGCAGUUGUUGCGUCCAUCUUAGAAGGUUAAUACUCCACUGCCUUUGUUAAUUGUCUCGGGAAUUUAUUUCGAAAUUCGAAGGAAAAAAGCCCAGUCGUUGAGAACUGCUGUGACUGCAGCAACUUGGCUUUGUUAUACUUACUAACAGUGUUAAUAAACUUUCCACCAUCAGUGUACCUUGACCUUGACCUUUGAGUAGCUAUAGUAGUGAGUAGGCAAAUUUUACCAUUUUUACCAAGUUACCAAAUAAUGUUUUUAUCUUAAGAUGUACUUGUAUAUACGUUAUAAGUAAUUUGAUUGUGUAAAUAAGUUUUACAUUGUCAAUGCGUAGAACUUAGACUCUUCAUUUUUGGGUCUUUUCCUGUAAAUCCUUCAAUUACCAUCUGUUAUAGAAGACAUUUGUUUAACAGCAUAAAGUUCUGAUUUAAUAAAUCAUGGUGGUGUCAA